CGUCGUUAUUUUGCUAUUUUUGUUUUAAUUGCUUUUUGUUUCAAUUGUUGUAAACGUCACUGUUAUUGUUAUAUGUUCUAUUUUUGUGUUUGUUUAUUCUGUUUAAGUUGUUUGAGUUGUUCUCUUUAGUUUUAUGUUGUUUUGGUGUGGUUGGAUUGAAUCACCAGCUGCAUUUCCCAUCAACUGUCAUUUUGUUUUCUUGUGAAGCACAGCAUCUCUGUGUUUGAUUGUUUUCUAGCACCUUUACAGGUUUGUUUUCUAUAAUUCAGCAGUUAGUUCAAUUCAUUUGACAAGCGCUGAGACUCUAUUAGUUAGUUAAUCGAUAUUAAUGUACACUUCGAGAUUGCUCCUCUGUAGAUCGCCAGUAUAAUCAGAUCUGGGCUUUGAGCACAAAAGGCGCAUUUGCACUCAGAGGCAAAACCACUCCAAGGCAAACAGUUUUGCAACUACAAUUACGAGGCAACAGCAAAAUGAAAGCUGAGGAGAUUGAGGAAGAGUAUAGAGCCAUCACCUUUGUGCUAGCGAGCUUUUGGGACUAUGGUGAAUGGGCCAGACAGGAGUUGAUAGAGGCGAGAGUGGUGAAGUACAGGUCGCUUUUGGAGGAGGACAAGAAGCUUAUUCCCUGGUUCCAGGGCCAUUUGAAGGCCCUAGAGUACUGCAUCUCGAAGAACGAGAUAUUCUUCAGAAGAGUGGUCAGCAAAGUCGCGAGAGAAUGGGUUCCUGAGAGCUUGUUGGACAAAGAGUUGUGGCAAAAGAGCACUGUUGUGGGUUUCGAGAGAGUGAAGUCUGUAUUGCUUCAGUUGAACAGAGAAUGGUCAGAGGCAUCGCAAAAGGAGAGAGCAGAGAGCUUUGGCAAGAUCUUGGGCUAUUUGGAUCAGAACUAUAAGAACAAAAAGAGAAGACAGAAUAUGGAUGUGUUGGUUCCAGGAGUGGGUUUGUCGAGAUUGAGCCUAGAUAUCAUCCAAAGGGGAUUUAGGUGCCAAGGUAAUGAGUUUUCCUAUUUUAUGUUGAUUGUUUCAAAUUAUAUCUUGAACUGUUCCAACAUCAAAAAUGAGUUUGAAAUUUAUCCUUUUCUUCAUCGAUUUUCGAACCAAAUUUCACGAAAGUAUCAAAUCAGAAAGGUUCUAGUUCCAGAUAUCAACGCGUCAGAGGUUUUAAAAGACUUAAGAGAGAUCCAAAAGAUCGAUGCUCAAAAUUUAAUGUCUAUUUGCUCUGGCUCAUUUAUUGAUCUAUAUGGGCCUAACUAUGGAAUUAAAGAUUCAGACUUUUAUGAUAAAUUCAAGGAAAGCAGUUUUGAAUUUCGCGCAAGCAACGAGGAGAAAUUUGAUAUCAUUAUAACAUCCUUUUUCAUUGAUACAUCGGCCAACAUCUUUGAAUAUGUCAAGGCAAUCAAAUGGUCAUUGAAACCUGAUGGGGUUUGGAUCAACUUCGGGCCAUUACUAUGGCAUUACGAGCAAGAGGAAGACACAUUCACAGUUGCUGAGUUCGAAGACUGCAAGAAAAACAAGCAGGUUCCCAUGAAGGGACUCGAGUUGACCAGAGAGGACUUGCUCCAAUGCAUCAAAAGCAUGGGUUUUGAAUUCAAGGUCUAUGAAAACAAUGUAGAAACAACUUAUGGAAACGAUGGAGUGAACAGUGGAAAAGUGCUUGCUGAAUGGGUUUACAGGUGUGAGUUUUGGGUGUGCAACAAAAAGAAGCCUGCAGCCUCAGACCUCCCUUUCUACAGAUAG